AUGGGUACGCUUUCCUCGACCUCAAUCUCGUCAUCUGACCACGAGGUCGAGCUAGCGAGAGCGUGGCUGAAAACUUUGAACCCCAAAAGCAUUCCCCGCCACGUCGGGGAGGUGUCCUUCAGCCGAUCGAGUGGCCCCGGUGGCCAGAACGUGAAUAAGUCGGCGCAAUUCCGAGCUCUCAAUAUCGGCAGGGCUAACCCGUUCAGUAGAGUCAAUUCCAAAGCGACCCUCAAGAUCCCCCUGGAUAUACUGCUGCCGCUAGUUCCUCGUUUGCUACACCCCCAACUGCGUGCGUCCCGUUAUGCGACCCAACGGUCCCAGGCUCUAGUCUUCCAGUCCGACGAGUCCCGGAAGCAGGCCAGUAAUGUGGAUUCGUGUUUCGAGAAGCUCCACCAGCUGCUCGAGAGCACGGCCAAGGCGGUCAUUCCGGGCGACACCUCGGACCAGCAACGGGAUCGCGUUAGGAGACUGUAG